GAGUACAGAUUCACCAUCAGUGACAGUAUUCCAGGAAACUGAAAGAAGUGAUACACCAAAAACAACUGCCACUAGAGCCUCUUCACUUUAUAGUACUGAGAAACCAACACCAGUUCCACCAACUGCUUCCAACGAAUCUCAAAGCAAAUUCCCAUUUUCUACAGCCACAGAUAAAAUUCUAAUAUCUGAGACUCUUUCUGUAUCAGACACUGAGCUAGAAAGUGGUGAUUUUGCUGAACUAGAGGGCUCAGGAGACGACACUCCUGCAACCACAGAUAAAACUCCAAGAACAACAGCCUUUGAUCAACACACAAUAAUGACAUCUGAGCCAUCAAUUGCAUCGACUUUUAUGGAGAGAGAGAUUUCAAGUAUAGGAGAUUUUACAACAGUCCCAACAAGUCCAUAUACCAUAGGAACUUCUCAACCCAUGGCGAUCCCUAGUGCCACUGUGUAUACCUCAAAUGAAACCUUCACAUUUAUUGACAUGGAGAGCUCGGGUAGCUCUACAGAUGAGGAUGAUUUGGAAUCAAGUACAGAUGGAUCUGGAGCAGAGGUAUCCAUUGAGCCUACCAUAAAACCCAAGGACAAUUUGACUGGAGCCACAGAUGAGACUGAAAUAGAUGAGACAGAGAGCACACCUGACAUGUUAAGUGCUGCAUCCUCAACUCAAUCCAAUACACAGCUUACCAAGAAAUAUAUGACAUCAACUCAAUCACCACACAUGACAAGCAAUACGAUUUUUAUUACUGAACAGGGCAGUGGGGUCUUCACAGAUGACUCUACAUUGGAUGAUGAUAGGUCAGGUGAUACUGCAUUGGCACCAGUCACGAGUCACCCCCUGUCCACCACUGUUGCAGCUACAAAAGGAAUCAUUUCUUCAUCUAGUGCUGUUGCUCUUCCUGAGGAGAGCUCAAGUGACCAAACAACUGCUUUAUUGGCUACUAAAGAUAUGGAGAUAAAGAGUACAGCUUCUUCCCUAUUCAGCACAGAGAAACCUAAAACAACAACAACAACAGCAAUGCACGAAAGUGGAUCAUCAUAUGUUUCAAAAUCUGCUGAAACAGUAUCUUCUUCUCUCUACAGCUCUGAGAAACCAAACAUAACAGUACAUGCUGUGACAUCUUCCCAAUUGGUAAUAACGUCUUUAUCUGCAACAGAUAAAUCAACACCAAGUCCAGCCUUUUCUUUAACAGAGGAAGGGAGAUCUGGUGACGAAACCACUGAAAUGUUUAUCUUCACGCCAUCAGUGAUGGAGAGCGUCACAUUUGGAGAAGCCACAGGUGAAACUGAAACCCUCGUGUCUGUCACAGCAACCUCUGAUGAGCAGGUUUCUUCACAGUCGGGCGACAUUACUGCAGGUACAGAAAGACCCAUCACUUCUGAAACGACAGAGCCUUCUGUCUCAAGCAUUGGGAGGGAAGAAGUUACUCUAGCUGAGCACAGCAUGCAGUCAUCCUAUACAACUGCCACCCCCCAUACAAAAGGAGCUUCAGUUAGUGAUCACUCUGCAAUUGACUUCACCACAGUAAGCUCAAGCACUGAACAUAAGCAAAAUGUAGGCACUUUGAUGUCCACCCCUAUUCCCUCCAUCAUAUAUCAAAGUAUCACAGACCAACAGGUUGUCAUUAUUACUCCCAGUAGCAGCAAAGCCAAAACUGACCUAACUGAACAAACACCUACCAUGGUCUUGCAUGUGUCUAAACCAUCAGCCAGCACAACCAUCAUAUUCACAGAGGAUGCAAAAGAUGAAGAUGAGCUUUUCUCUACAGCUACAGACAGUAUGAAGGAAGGAGGCACCACUCCCGAGCUUGUUACCAAAGAUGAUAAUAUCAUUGAUGCAGACACUAACUCGAUAGUUCCCUCUACUUCGUUUUACCCAAACAUUCAGACAGAAGAAGCAGGAGGUGUCACACCAGUUAUAAUGUCUCAAAUGUUGGAGGUAACAGAACAAUCUGAGGGUUCAGGGACUGACAACACCUUCUUUACUCCUACACCAAUAACUGUACAUGCAACCUCAAUCACUGAAGGGGUAUUAUCAUCUUCAGAAUAUUUACCACCCACUCCAAGACCAACAAUUGUGGAUGGUGUAUCUAGUAUGGAGACAUCUAGUGAAGAGGUGGUAACAUCUGCAACACAGGCCACCCCAGCUACCACUCUGUCCACAAAGUCAGUCUCUCAAGUAACUUACAAUUUUACUACACCAUAUACUGUAUUUCCCAUUGAGACACAAUCGAAACCAGUUCCAGAGCUGGUGAAGGAGAGUGACUUUUCAGGCGAUGACACUGCUGUUAAUGUUACUGAGUCUGUCACUGAGAUUGAUUCUUCAUUUGUGCCUUCUCAAACUUUAACUGAAACAACAGACUCAAGCUCAAUCACACCGGUGUCAAGUGAGGAGUAUAUGAUCAGCACAGUGGAAAAACAAAAAAAUACGACAUCCUUACCCACAGCUGUUACAGCCGCAAGUCAUAGCACAACGGAUGGAACAGUUGUACCUUCAGUUGCUGCCACACAACGUACAUCAGUGUCCACUGAACCUGGCACACUGAAAUCAACAAGUAAUGCCUCUGAUGAAGAAUCUUCAGGUCAUGACUCUAGUGAAUGGACAGCAUCUGAAAAAGCAACAUCUACAGUCUCUUCACUGUUCAGCACUCACAAACCAACUGUUGCCCCUAAACAAGGACAUACAGAUGAGGUGAAUGCAGGUGAACAAAAUCAAAGUAUGUUCACUGAGGGCAUAAUAACAACAGAAAGGGCAGAUCACAUCUCACCAACCUCACCUGGAACUGCCACGGAGAGUUUGCAAUGUCACCAGCAAGUGCUCCCUCCUCCCUCUAUAGUACAGAGAAACCAUCUGUCACUGCUUUGAAAGAUGCAAUUACAGUAUCACAGACUGCUUCCAGUCUUUAUAGCACUGAGAAGCCAACUGUCACAUCAGCUCCUGAUCUAACUGGGAAGGAUAGCUCAGAUGAUUACACUGUGACAAAACCUGCAACGCAGAAAGUUGCUCUUCUGCACAGUACAAUGGAUACAUUGCUUUUGUCAAAAACAUCACCUCCUCACUACAGCACGGAUACAGUUUUAAUCCCAAGUAACAUUGAAGUUGUAGGCUCUGGGGAUGACCUUUUAGAUACCGCAACUGCAUCAACAAAAACACUGACAAUCAAGACAGAAAAUACUGUGGCCACUCCAGCCUCCCCUCAUUUCGGCACAGAGAAACCCACCACAAUGACCUUAGAGUAUACAACUCAAAUGAGUGAGAUACCCACAGAAUUAUUGAAAGCAUCAUCAUCAGAAUCAAUGUCAACCCCUGCCAAUGAAGCAUUAUCAACCCCAGCACAUGAAGAGAGCACAAGGGGCCACAUUACCUCUAAAUCUACAAAAGAAUCAAUUUCCACAUUGGCAGCAUCUUCUCUUUCAAGCACUUCAAUGUCUGAUGUAAUGGUUCAGUUUGUUAAUACUUAUGUAACUGAACCAGAUACGACACCAUUUGAGGUGUCCUUCCAACAGGCCCGCUCUGAGAUCACGUUCACUCAUCAUCCCCACAUUGAAAUUUCCUCUGAGAAAUCUGUGUUGGCCACAACCAGCCCAAUGAUGCCCACUGAGGAGUCAAGGCAGCACUUUGAACCUAGUGAUGUGAUUUCCCCAACAGGAAUUACAUCCCUAUCUGCCUAUGAAAAAUCAACUGCAGUGCCAAGUAUUGCAAAUACAUCAUCGGAGAGUGAGGAAAUCCUUGUAUCAACAGAAACAAGUAUGAGUAUGUUAACACAAGAAGAAACUUCAGGUGAAACAACAACACGUAUCUUCAAUUCUGUCACUCCAACUGUUUCCUCUGUGUCCAGCACUCUUAAUUUGGAUAUAACCACAAUCACUUCAUCACCUGAGAUUGCAAAUACUCAAACAGAUAAAACAGAAUCCUCUACAUCUGACCAAACCUCAGGUCAGAAGGCAACUGAGACCUUCAUCACUGACACUUAUGCAACACAAUACCCUGCUGUGACCAGCACUGAAGAGUCACCAAAGACAUUAACUUCUCUUGAGUCAGGGUCAACAGGUUCUGAAAGUCUGGAGACACAAGAUGCAGACCUAACAAGCACACAUCAACCUACUGGUGUUACACAUGCAGCAGAAAUCUCUAUGAGCUCAGAGACUAAAGUAGUCGUCACGACAAUCCCAGCAGAACACAUUUCCUUUGAAACUACUUCAAAUGUUCCCUCAAAAUCUUCACCAUCACAGCCUGAAGUCAUGGUCCAAUUUCUCACAACCUUUUCCCCUGUACAACAUCUAACAACUCCCCAGAGGUCGUUUGAACAGGCCAGAUCAGAGAUGGCAAUAACACACAUCCCUCACUCUGAUCUUUCUUCUCAAGAUAUAUCACUGACCACAACUCGCCCUAUGUUUACAAGUCAUGAAGCAAGCCAGAUUACAGAAUCAACAACUGUACCUGCUGCCU